AAUAUCGCGAGAUUUGUAGAUCGGCGAGAACAGGCUGUUUCUUCCCGGGAACAGGGACGUUUCAAAUUGUCUGCCCACUUUUUUCAAAGCAAAGUGUUAACUUCGUGUCGUUUCAAUUCAAUUGUAGCUCUAGACUUUCUUCGGUUUUCAGGAAACUGGAAGCUAAACGUUUACACUCAACUCGCGGUCCCCAUCGCCUGAAUUCUACGGAUGCUAACGGGAGCUAGCUUGCUGCUGAAUUAGCAGUUGUUUGAAAACUAUCGGGUUUUUGUCCGGAAAGAAGAAUGUCGGAGGAGCAGAGGACAAGCUGGAUACUGACAUGCGCUACGAUCACUUGUGUCGUCGCUUUAUAUGUCCCCUGUGUGCAGAAGACUGUUCCCGGUGGAGACUCAGGAGAGCUGAUCACCACUGCUUGUGAGCUGGGGGUGGCCCAUCCUCCAGGGUACCCUGUCUUCACCUUACUAGCUCGUCUGGCUAUCUUUCUCCUGCCCAACCUGUCUCCAGCUCACAGUGUCAACCUGAUGAGCAGUCUGCUGGGCGCUGCAGCAAGUGGUGCCCUCUGCAUUUCUAUUAGCAGACUGACAGGUCCUGGUCCUGGAGCCGUGCUGGCUGGAGGGCUGUUUGCUGUGUCCAGGCUGAGCUGGCAGUGGUCUAUGGGCGCAGAGGUCUUCACUCUCAACAACUUUUUUGUUGGUCUGCUCUUUUUCCUCAUCACCAGCUUCCACUGUGCAGAAAAAGCCACUCAGAGGAGGAAGAUGGCAUAUUGGGGAGCACUCUGCUGUGGCUUGGGGCUCUGCAACCAGCACACCCUGGUUCUGUAUGUGCUGGUCAUCAUUCCCUGGGUCUUUUACAGACUUUACUCGCACAAGGAGCUGUCUCUGCGUGUCCUCGCGUCCCUGGGCGCGUGUUUCCUCGCUGGUUUUCUGCCAUACAUCUACCUUCCAGUGUCUUCCUACCUGAACACAGCCCGCUGGAGCUGGGGGGAUCAGACCACCCUGACAGGCCUGCUGACCCACCUGCUGAGAGCUGAAUAUGGCACCUUCAGUCUCGCGAAGACUGAGAGCUCUGUAAACUUGACUACAAUGCUGAAGGCCCAGUUGGACCACUGCCUGGCAGACCUUUCGCUUCCCGUUCUGGCUCUUGCAGGAGUGGGCCUUCUCCUCUCCUCGUGGGACAGGAUGUGUCGCUCAGUGGCCUGGUUCACUGCCAUGCUUGUGGUGUACUCGCUGUUUUUUGCUUGGAGAGCCAACCUUGACAUCAGCAGACCCCUUCUCCUUGGAGUCGUUGAGCGAUUCUGGCUCCAGAGCGAUGCUGCAGUGUGUGUGCUGGCAGGCCUCGGCUUGAGCCGGACACACACAGAGCUGGAGAGGAGGCUGGGAUGUGGGGGGCUGUGGAGGAACUCAGGCUGGGUGCUCACCAUGGGUCUAUUGGCACAUAUGGUGCACACCAAUCACAGGGAGUGUGAUCUGAGCAGAAACAGUGUAGUGGAGAGGUUCGGCAGGGAGCUUCUGGCUUCUGUCCCAAAUGACUCGAUCAUCCUGACCAGAGGAGAUCUGCCUGGAAACUCGCUGCGCUACUUAUACUACUGUGAGGGGGUUCGUCCCGAUGUCCGUCUCGUCGACCAGGAGAUGAUGACAUACAGUUGGUAUGUUGCCAAGCUGGCACAGCACCACCCAGGGGUCCACUUUCCUGGCCGCUGGUGGGACCCAGUCCACCCUGAGGGGAAAGACACCUUCAAUCUGGAGCAGUUUCUUCUGCACAACACGCAGAGGGAUGUUGUCGCCUGCAUUGGGCUGUCUGAAGGAGACCCUAGCUGGGAGCAUAGUUUCUCCCGUUGGCCGUGGGGUGUGUGUGACGUCUUGGUGCCAGCUCAGAGGCAGUUUCACCCUGAAAGGUGGGCGAAGAGGACUCGGAACAUGUACAACUGGACGGAACCACAUGAAAGUUUCCAUCCUGCGUCCUGGGAGCAUGUCGCUAAUGAGGAGAUGUGGCAAGCCAGGAUGAAGACGGCUUUCUUUCUGUUUGACCUGGCUGAAAGGAUUCAGGGAGAGGGGAGCGCUCGCCUCUUUGAGCUGUCUUACACUCUGUAUAAGGAGAUUGUUGAGGCCCACUCAGACUACCCUCCUAACUGGGACAAGAACUUGGCUCUGGCCUGCGAGAGGCUGCUCCACUCCGGUCAAAGGGGGCACAGUCCAGACAGCCUGCUGACCUGCAGCACCGAGCACUUUAGUCUCUACUUAGAGAAGGAAGCUACAGAUCCCCAGGCACCCGCCAUUCGCUCAGCCAUUACUCACCUGGUCAAAGAGAGAGACAGACUCCGCCAGAGCCAGAGGCCAGCCCCUUAACAAUAUCCAGAGAGACCUCCACAGAGCUGGAACACUGAAAGCAGGAGCCUAGCUGAAAUGCUAGACACCAGGGAUGAGUCUGAAUGUUCCUCCUCCCAGGAAUGAUGAUAAUAAUAGGUGGCAGUCCAGUUUUGUGCUGAAGUUUUGGCCAAAUGUAAAUGGUCAAAUUGGAAUUAUGAGUUGCUGCUGCAGAAUAACUGGUUUCUAGAAAUUCAGCACAUCUCUGCACAAAGGACAAAAAACUUCCUCUCAGCCGUGCUUCAUUUAACAAAGUUUGACCAGAGACAGAGCUUGACUUUAGGUAGCCUUGGCUGACCCCAAUCAAGCUAUGCCUGCUCCCCUUUAACUCAACCUUUCGAUUGCUUUAUCGUUGCAUCUUUCCUUUUUUCCUUUCCUCCUCUGCUCUCACAGCUUUUAAUGUGCUGAUUAUUCUGCCUCCGCCACUGCUCUAGUUCUCUUUUUCUCACAUUAGGACGGCAGGGCCGAGAUUGAGGGAAAACCAAUUUGGGGGCAGAAAUGGGGGAUUAGAGCGGCUGUUUAAUCUAGGACAGACUUGUGCAGUGCCACACAGUCCCCACUCCGCAUAACCAGCACUACCCACCCACCCACCCACUCACCCACCCCUCUAUCCUUCCAUCAGUCCAUCUAAGAUGGUCCUUUAAAUGUUUAAAACUAAUGGAUUUCAUGAGUUUUUUUCCCUCUCUUCCUUCCUAACAGGAGGGCUGUAAUCCUUCAUGGAUUUAAAUGAAAUGUGAAAUGUCACAAUGCCAGGGACCCUUUUAGAGGUGCGUUUUUGUGUGUGAUGAUUUGUGUUUGUGUGUGAACAUACUUAAAUCUCCACCCAGGCCCUUUCACUGCCCGAAUGGCACAUAAGCAUUGUCGAUAAACAGAUCGGCACACGGAAAAGCAGAGUGCUUUGAUCGUCAUAGAGGCACAAAGUCAUGCAAACUCCAGGGACACAAGUAGACACGCAAGACCAUCCGCCUCCCAGCUCGCAGGAAAAUGGACUUUUAUCCCUGUGAGUGCUGCUGAAGAGACAACAUGGCACGCAAACACAUAGAGCAGAGCCUCUCGUCUUUGACGUGUUCUCAGGGUCCAAAACUUUAAUUACACACCGUUUUUGUUGAUAUUUGUGAUGAUGUUAAUGAACCUUCUGCUGUGGAAGCUAUUAUGCAGAGGUUGUAUGUUCCAUAAGCUUUCUUAAAACUCUGCUCAAUGAGCCGGCUCUCUGAGAUACUUCUAGAAAGCGAAGGACAGUUUUUGCACGUGGAGUUUUCUCAGAAUGUAAUCUGCCCUGUCUGUUCGCAGGAAUGGUUAGCGGCUGUCAGCUGGCUGGAUGAUGAGAUUCGACCUGCUGUAGCACAGAUGGUCUGGUUUCACAUAAAAAGGGACAACUUUCCCUCUGCUUUCUACUGAGAAAUAUGUCAAUAAAGAUGAUGUUUAUUUUAA